AUGUCUCCUACAAAGAAAAAGAAGACAGCUAUACCUCAGUUGCAAACCAACUUUGAGGAAGGCUUCAGGAGCAUGAUCAGUCCAAUCGAAGAAAUAGAUGAGGUUUCGCCAGUUCUGAAUGCAGUUAACCCUUUCUCGGACAGAGAAUCAAAAGAUAAUAAUAACAACCAUCUCCAUUCCAGCAGCUUGCCAGCUAAUAUUUUAUUCAAUUCGUACAUCAGCAAAACUGAAGAUGACACGCCGGUCGUGAACAACAUCUUGACAGUUCCUGAUAUCAACAUGGAUACCAAUCAAUCCCCAGUGACUCCAAACGAGCUUUUUUAUGGGAAAACGAGAGGUCACUCAAGAAGGCUUCCUGAUUACGGUAAUGACAGUGAUUUUGAUUACGCCAGAAACUUCUCCUUUGGUGCCGGCUCUGCUUCAAAUGACCAUUCUCAUGAGCAUACUCACAGUAAUGGUGAUUCGCAUGAACAUGCUCACGGCAACGAUGAUUCACAUGAACACGACCAUUCACAUGAACAUGCUCACAGCCACGAUGAUUCACAUGAGCACGACCAUUCUCAUGAACACGGCCAUUCACAUGAACAUGAACACGACCAUUCUCAUAAUCAUGCACACGAUCGUGAUGAACACGACCAUUCUCAUAAUCAUGCACACGAUCGUGGUGAACAUGACGAAACCUAUAGCCAUGAACAUACUCACAAUCAUAAUUAUUCACAUGGCCAUGAUCAAUAUGAUUCCCAAAAAUAUGAUGCAUCGACUCAACACUCCCAUUCCCACAAUGACCAUGGGCACUCACAUUCAUCCAACCACAACGACACCACCCAUGAAAAGGAAUCUUGUCACUCCCAUGGACACCCCCAUUCUCAUCAAAACCUUAGUGAUACUUGCACUCAUCAUGAAGAAGAGACUGGCUCACAAAAUCCAUUAAACAAUUUGAUCUCAUAUUUAUUCCCAUUCUUGAAUGAUUCCUCGGAUGAUGACCAUAGACUGAAAAUGCCUUUGAAUUCAAUAUGGUCGUUUAUUACACAACUAUACCAAAGCAAAGAAACGAAGAGUAUUUUUAGAUUCUUAGUGUUGAAUUUCACCUUCAUGUUUGUUCAAAUGGUUUAUUCGUUUAGAUCCAAAUCAUUGGGAUUGUUUUCCGAUUCUUUGCACAUGUUGUUAGAUUGUUCAUCCUUGGCUAUCGGAUUGUUUGCUAAAUUAAUCUCUAAAAAUAUAACCUCAAUAUUCUACGACGUGAGAGAAACUGACACAGCCUGCAACUCCCAUUCUCACGGCAACUCCCAUUCUCAUGAUGAUCACUCUUCACAAUCACAUUUGCAUUCACAUUCUGAAGAUCACAGCACAUCAUUAGAUACUGCCCAACAAUCAAGAUCAAACGUUUUGUCCAGCGCCAUAUUUACUAAAUAUCCAUUUGGAUUGGCAAGGAUCGAGACAUUAGCUGCGUUUGUCAAUGGUAUUUUAUUAAUUUCCAUUGUGCAAGACAUUUUUUUCCAAUCCAUCGACAGAAUUCUCAAUCCAGUUCCUUUGAAGAAUAUCAAUGAAUUGCUCGUGGUCAGUAUAUUAGGGUUGGUGGUGAACUUAGUUGGUAUUUUUGCUUUUAAUCAUGGUGAAGAUGAAGAUGAAGGUAGCGGGCAUGGCCAUUCACAUUCUUUAAAAGGUCUAUUUGGCGGGGGUGAUAAAAAAAAAGAUGACCACCAACACUCACACGACGGGAAUGUAGCUUGUGCCUAUGACCAAGAUGAUCCAUAUUUACAGAAGUUGACUCAUCUUAGUGAUGACGAGUCUUUUGGUUCCAAUUCCUCUAAUGAAAAUGAUCAUGGUAUCUUCUUGCAUAUUCUAGCCGAUACAUUGGGGUCAUUUGGUGUCAUUGUUUCUACCAUUUUGCUUAAAUUCUUCCCUACUUUUAAAGUCUUGGACCCUGUUUCCUCGUUGUUUAUUAUCAUCUUGAUUUUGGCCUCAUCCAUACCAUUGAUCAAGAAUUCUUUUAUGAACUUAUUGUUGAUAUUGAAUCAAAAGGAAAAGUUUCUAGCUCGUUACAGUAACUCCGAAGCUCUCAUCAAGGAUUUACUCAAUGACUUGUAUGAAACUCCUGGUGUUUUGAAUAUCAAUAAAAUCAAAGUUUGGAAAGAUGAACGUGGGGGUGGCGGAGGAGGACAUUCACACUCUCAUUCUCAUAGUCACUCACAUAAUGACGAAUCCGAAGCUCAUCACAAAAGAACAGGAUUGAUUGGGUAUGUUCAUAUCCAAUAUGCUGAUGGGGAAAACUCCACCAUCAUCAAGAAAAGAUGUGAAAAGAUCAUAUUUGAACAGUACAAAAUGGACUUAUUUAUUCAACUCGAAAACGAAGCAUGGGGGAAUCUAUAA